UGAGCUGCUGGACCGGGUGAGCGCAGCAGAAGGAACAGAAGCAGAGCUGGGGGAAGAAGGAGCGGGUCGCGCGUGGCCGGAGUCCGGGGGACCUUCGACGUGGCGCCGAACCGUCGCUCCUCGCAGCCCGGGAUCCUGAAGACAGAAGAGAAUGGCAGACUUUCCUGAUGUAGUUUCUGUGGCUACAAAGCUAAAAAAUGAGGUCAUCCGGUACUACAAUGUUGAAGAUGAUGAGUGGAGACUUACUAAGAAAACAAAAGAUACGACAGUUUGGCGUAAGCCAUCUGAAGAAUUCAAUGGAUACCUCUACAAAGCACAAGGGAUUGUGGAGGAUGUUGCCAACAGAAUAGUAGAUCACAUACGCCCUGGACCCUAUCGACUCUACUGGGAUAGUCUGAUGACCUCGAUGGAUAUUGUUGAUGAGUUUGAAGAGAACUGUUGUAUUAUGCGGUACACCACAGCUGGCCAGUUGUGGAACAUCAUUUCUCCCAGAGAGUUUGUUGACUUCUCCUGCACAGCAGACUACGAAGACGGGAUUCUGUCAUGCGGUGUCAGCCUGGACUAUGGUGAAGUAAAACCGGGUUAUGUUCGAGGUUUUAACCACCCCUGUGGCUGGUUCUGUUUCCCUCUCAAGGACAAUCCUAGACACAGCCUGCUGAUAGGCUUCAUCCAGACAGAUUUGCGUGGGAUGAUCCCCCAGUCGGCGGUGGACACGGCUAUGGCCAGUACUCUGACUAACUUUUAUUCUGAUCUCAGAAAAACCCUGAAAGCAUAAUCUGCGCUGACCUCAAGCUCUGUGUGUUUCUUGCAAUCAUAUUCUGCACCUCAUAGUCGAUUCUCAAAACCUUAGGAUAGGUUGGAAGCUUCCUGCAUGAAGGUCUGUAGUAUUUUCCUUAUAGGUGCUGGUAGUCCCAUUUGCACAGAAGAACUGAAAGCAUGUUUACUCUGAAGUAAGAUCCACUGAGCUCAAUGAAACUCACUUGGCAAGCCUUCGGCACAUCGUUGCUUCUUAGCCAAGCCGUGGACACAGAAGCCCAUGGCACUCGCACCACCACAUUCUGGACAGAACUCUAAAUCAGAGUGUUCUUGCAAGUUGAGGGAAAGGAUCUCUUCCCUGCAGGAAUACAGUCUGUGGGCUGGCCUACACAACAUAAUUUCCAGAAUGGUUGUAGCUCCAAAGCGUGCAAAUCACCGUGCUCACAUUUGCAGCACCCCCAUGGAAGAUGUUCAUUUUCACAAAGGGAAGGGUGAAAACAUGUUCUGCUCUAGCUAAUUUCACCCCUAAAGGAAACUAGGCAAUGAUAGGAAAGCUCUGCCAUCCAGCAACCCCUUUAUUUACUAAGACUGCUUUACUAAAUGUUAUUACUAGGGAGAAGCCUCACUGAGCACAGUAGGACUUGCUUCUGAGUAAACAUUGAAGGCGGAGGCCUGUAAGAGUGGGAAUAGCAAUACACUGGCAUCUUUUCUUUUCAAGGGCUAAAUGUAUGAAUGCGAAAUACUAAUGCUUUCAUGUACUUUAUGUUGCUUGCUAAUCCUGAUCUAAAAGAUGGUUCAGAAUCUUUUAUCUUUAAACUAUAAAGCUUGAUGCACUGUAGAGAAUUCUGUGCUCCUGUUUCCAUACUUUACUGCUUUAUAGAGUAAUUUUGUCAUUGGUUAUUUGGGGUGGCAUGCAGCUGAGUCUUACUCAGAGUAGACCCACUGAAAUUAAUGAACCUACUCUGUAUAAAACUUACUUGCAUACCGCCCAUUUUAGCCAAAAAGUUAGCAGUAGUUGUUACUGAUAACAAAAUAGUAAAGCGUGUGGCUAUUUGCAAAACUGCUCUGAUUAUUAUUAGUACAUGGUGACAAGUUUCAAUUAGUAACUUCUGUAAAAUGUAUUAUCCUUCAAUAGGAGACUGGAGGGACUUAACAGUGCUUAACUUUGACUGGGUGCACCUAAGAAUUGAAUCAAGAUUUCCCAUAAAAACAGUUUAAUAAUAUUUAAGGCCUAUACUCCAGGACAUCGUUUUCUUAAGAUUGCUCUUAUGUUAACUUACCAGGAAAGAAUUCAUUUGAGACUUUGGUGGAGCAUAAUCUUCUUAAAGCUUCACGAUGAUGUUUAUUUUUUUAAAUUGUUAAUAUGCUUCAAUUAUUUAAACAGAUGUUUUUAAAUUCACUUGCUGGUACAAGUGACCCACAGUUCUACUGAAAUGGCUGCUAGCCAUUGAGAUGGUGCUAGUGCUGGAAGAAUAUAUAGGAAUUGUGCUGCAGUUCUGUAUUAUAACUGGUGAGAGAUUAUUUAUAUAAGAUGCUUAAGAUGUAUAUUAAAGUAUUCAGUUCAAAAUA